UCCGCGUCGUACAAAGGUUAUUUCUGUCUAUUCCCCCAAUAAUUUGCACCAUGACUGUUGUAUUUUAAACACAAUAUAUAAAUUAACCCAGUUUAUCGGUUUCCCAUUCAACAGUUAAAGAGUGUGGAGGUUUAUCAUGUCGGCCACAGAAGCAAAAUCAAUAUACGAGUUCAGUGCGAAGGACUUACAGGGCGAGGAGGUUUCGUUGGAGAAAUACAAGGGGCACGUUUGCAUCAUAGUGAAUGUGGCUUCGCAGUGUGGUUAUACCAAGAACAAUUACGCCGAACUGAUUGAUCUGUAUAACGAGUAUUCUGAGACCAAGGGGUUGAGGAUAUUGGCGUUCCCCUGCAACCAGUUCGCCAACGAAGAACCGGGCGACAGCAACGCAAUUUGCCAGUUUGUGAGGAGCAAGAACGUACCUUUCGAUGUUUUCGAAAAGGUGAACGUCAACGGUGGUGAUGCCCAUCCGUUGUGGGACUAUUUGAAAAGUAAACAAGGAGGAAUACUGGGGAAUUUUAUAAAAUGGAAUUUUACCAAAUUUAUUAUUGAUAAGGAUGGCCAACCUGUGGAAAGGCACGGACCUAACACCAAUCCGAAAGAUUUAGUAAAGAAUCUCGAAAAAUAUUGGUGAUAGAUUCAUUAUAAUAUUUUUAAUUUUGUUGUUUCAUAUUUCCUACUGUUGUAUUAUAAUUAUAAGUAUUUAGUUGUUUACUUAAACUAUAAAAUCGCAUAAUUUAAAUGUUAACAUUAAAAAUUAUAUGAUUAAAAAUUACUUGAUGCUUUUUAUGAGAUGUGAAACGUAUAUUUUCACACAUUUCACAUACUUAUACGUAAAAAAAUAUAAAAUUUCACUUGACAAAAAGUACUAGCAUCUUAUCAAAUUUAUGUCCAAAAAAUAAACGAGACUUGUAAAAGCUUCUAUGUUCCACAUAACUGUGCUAAUGUGUCUUUCCAAUUUAUAUUAAUAUAUUUUUGGUAGAU